AUGGAACCUCACUACUCUUCAGACUCUGAAUCUCCCGCCGAGGAACGCUCCAAGGCUCCGCGAAAGCGAAGACUUCAAGGAGCCUGCGAUACCUGCCGCAAACGAAAAGUGAAAUGUGACCGGGCCAUUAUGCCCAAUAAUAUCUGCUCCAAUUGCCUUGAUACAGGCCUGGAGUGCAUACAUACCUCGAUGAGGCGAAAGAACAAAGAAGCUCAGCGAGAACAUAUCAAGCAAUUAGAAGAUCGAAUACAGAUGCUCGAAGAACAAUUACAGAAGGCCGGCGUCCCUGAACCCUCGGGCUCAGCAGCUACUACGAGUCGUCUAACCCGAGAGGACGAGCCUGUAGUCGACCCAGAAGACCCGGAAUAUCAAGCGCUCUCUGCCAAACUACAACGCCUGUCUGUUGACCAUAUCCAGAACAAGUACUUCGGAAAAUCAAGUCUAUUCGCACUCAUAUCGCAGAUAACAAAGAUGGGCGAUGAGCUAUCUCACGAGCCUGGCCCAUUCUUUACGAAGGCCAACAGACCAGAGAUGUGGAAUCUGCGAUCUUGGGAACGAGAAUACGCCAAUGCUCAGGUCUCCACCUACAUUUUUCCUGAAGGAGAUCUCUUCGAAAUUCUCAUGAACGCAUACUGGGCCCGCGUGCACAUCCUGCACCCAGUGCUCCAUCGCCCUUCGUUCGAGCGUGACCUCGGGGACUGGAGGCACCUGACUGAUCCCUCCUUCGGGAGGGUCGUUCUCGCGGCGUGCGCCUGUGCUUCGAGGUUCGUAGAGGAUGAGAGGGUUCUCAUGGUCGACGAUCAAGAUCCCUCACGUUUGUCGGGUCCUUCAGCGGGCUGGAGGUAUAUGGCGCAGCUGCCACUCACCCUGCAGACGACGAUCGAGCAAGUACAAACGACGGACCUGCAGUACUAUGCGUUGGCGGCAUGGUACUUUCUUGGAAGUGGGACGCCCCAGACGGCGUGGAACUUGGCUGGUACCGCACUUCGGUUAGCGGUUGAAAUUGGUUGGCAUAGACGGUCUACAACGCCGAACAGCCAAGAGGAAUUGGAGAAGAGGAUCUUUUGGUCUCUGGUCAUAAUUGACCGUUUCCAGAGCGCGUGGCUUGGUCGGCCGUUGAGUUUGCAUGGUGAAGACAUUGAUGUGGACCUUCCCGUCGAGUGUGACGACGAGUUUUGGGACACAGAGGUUGACGAUCCUGAGAAUGCGUUCAAGCAGCCUGCUGGUCGGCCCUCCUUGAUCGCGGGCUUCCGGUGCCAGAUCCAACUUACAGAAAUUGCGGAGAAGAUGCUCAAGUCCUUGUAUCCCUUGAAGCCUACUCACCAUGAUGGUGGGGACGGGAAGUCGAGAACAGAAGAAUUAACCGACAUGAUGGAGAAAUGGAAGGAAUCGCUCCCUCAGCAUCUGCGCUGGGAUCCGUAUUGUCCUAAUAUCCAUCACCUUACUCAAGCGACCACACUCCAUUCUAUUUUCUAUUAUCUCCAGAUCCAGAUUCACCGUCCAUCACUCCACAAGAAAACAUCCUCGUCGGUCUCAGCUUUGGCUGCUUGCGUCCAUGCAGCUCGAGCCUGUAGCAACGUUGUUGACGAGUCUUUGAAACGCCAACGAUACACCUCAUCCAUGGUCAUUAAUGCGACUUUCGCAUCAGCCGUGGUUUUUCUGUUCAACGUAUGGGGAAGACAGGGAACAAGCCAGUCCUCCGAUACUGAGACAGAAUUCGUCUAUGUCCAGAAGUGUCUAAAUCUUUUACGCGAAGGUGAACGGAGAUGGCAUACAGCUGGUCGAUCUGUGGACAUGAUCAACGGAUUUUACGAUGUGACUCGUGGUUCUCUGUCUUCUACUGCAACUCUUCCCUCUCUGAGCCCGAGGAGCUCUGGGAAGCGACCUCGUGGAGACUGGGACGUUGCCGAAGCGCUCGCGGGCGUCAAACGAAAAUCGCCUGGCCCUUCUGCAGUCGCGUCGUCUUCAUCAUUAACACUCGACAUCCCUCCUUCGAAUCUGCCCCGCGGGCAUUCCUUCGACCAGUGGACGAGCCAGGGUCGAAUAAACCAGCCUCAUCUCACCACGUCCGCCCCAGCCGCAGCGGGAUACCAUCCCGGACAUCAUUCCGGCAGCAGAGGUACGGUGGUGUCUCAAAUGGUGAUGGGCGACGGGUCGUCGUCAAUUAUGCCCGGGCUUCCUCCAUCAUCUCAGUUUGCCUUCCCGAUCGUUCCUGUCCAUCGCGAGGUCCCGAUCUCCAAUCCGCGUCGACAUUCGGCGGCGGUGACUUCGACGGAACUGCUUCAAGCUCAGCAGAAUUAUGGGUUGGGUCAGUUCCAGGGUGGGGUAUCGACGUCUUCGGGGUCGAUGCAGCGUCAUGGACAUCAUGGACACGGCGGUGAUCUGGGAAUGGGCGGUGGACAGAGCGGCGUGCUGGAAGGUUAUCAUGGUCCGCAGCAGUCGUCGUCUACUCAAGCUGGAACCUCGGAGGAUCCUGCUGUCCAGGGUUUGUGGAUGGACGCGCCCACAAAUUUCAAGUGA